GAUGGAAGAACAAGAAGAAGCAACGGGCUUUGAAAUCGUACCAAAAGUCGUAGGAGAUGAAGAUGUUCUACGAUUCAUGGAUUCGACGGAUAGCUAUUUGACUCUGCUAGAUUCCUUAUCUUCUACCCUUCGCCAGGGAUGGCUGGAUUUAGCGAUUGCUCGGCAGUCGAUGGGGGCUUCACGAAUAAAUGGGGCUUUAUUGGACCAUAAAUUACACUCCGCUGCCACUUCAGUUCAAGUAGAUCAAGAAGAUGUUGAUUCUAUGGAGGCUCAACCGCGCUUUAUCUUGCGUAAAUGGGCAUCAGUGGCUGAUGGAAAACAGUGUUACGAGGAGCAGAAAUUGGGAGAGGAUAAGUUGCCAGGGAAAUCUGGCAGUUUACAGCUCCGACAUCGCGGCGAUUCCCAGCUUUCUGAAGAAAAAACCUCCGAGAGUGGAGCUCAACUUGACGUUGAUGACCAAGUUCAAAAGGAGCGAGCCAAAUUACUGUCUAUGUUUGGGACUCUGAUUUCCCCAAAGCUUCGAGCUGCCCAGUUGUCGUUUGAGACAGCGCUGGAGACACUUGUAAAAAUAGCAAACAUGCGAUCCGCAAUGCUAUCCUCUUAUGAUAGAGUCCGCAAAGAACUAGAUCACCAAAAGGAUGACAUGGUGUCUGUUCCUUCAGCAGAUUUGGUGAUCAGACUCGUAGCUUGUGUUUCUGCAGGUCGUCUAUGAUGUUGAAAGAUGUGCAACUAAGGGAUUCUUUGGGUUGCCAAUAGAUGUGUGAUUAAAGGAUGCAAUUGCCCAGGUAAUGACCACUAAGGAUCAUAGAUGCGGGUCUUUCAAGAAGAAAGCACCAAAGAGAGGAGCUGGAGAAUCCUAUUGGAGCUUCCUUCCAAUUUGAUGCAGAAUUGAAUUCUUUGCUCUUCAUCCAUUGUGGCUUCUUUUACACCCAUAUUUUACCAUUUUGUAGUUGAGCUCAAUAAUCUCACAAUUUUGUUUCUUUGUUUUUUUUUCUUUUUAAUGGAUUUAUUGUCUGAGAAAUCUGGCCACGUCAUGUGAGAAUUUCUGCCCAGAAAUCACUUGUAUCAUAUCUAAUGCACCCUUAUCUCUCUCGUCGUUCCCUCUA